CAAUAAAGUAAUAAUCUAACUACCUAGUAUGUACAUAAUUGAAAAGGAUUUUAAUUUACGUGUCCUAAUUACCUUGUGCGAGUAACUACCUAUUCACAUUUUUGAAACUAUAAAUAAUUUGUACCAAGUCGUUCUGGAUAUAAUUUGUACACAAUCUUCCAUAGCGUUAACAUCAUCAAAAUGAUUUUCAAAGUUUUUAUCUUUUUAAUACUUUGUGGGGUCACAACUGCAUUAACUAAUAUUUUAGCUGAUAGUCCAUAUUUUCUGGACGAAAGACUUCAACAAUCAGUCGUUAUGAAAUCUUUGGAUAGUUCCGAAAAUGAAUUUCAAUUCGAAAUGGCAGACUUAUUGGGUCUUAAUGAACGACCGAGAAGUAUUAAGAAACCAUUAUCUCUCAAAAAAUCUGCAUCCAAGUUUCUACUCGAGCUCUACAAUUCAAUAACUGAAGAGGAGAAUCCUCAUACCUAUUCUCAUCACAAUCGAGUUGCCAGAAGUACAUUUGUUAAUAAAGAAGACCGUUCGGUGAUUGAAAAUUGCAACAAUAUAAUAACGUUUUCUAGCAAAAAAUCCAGAACAAACCGAAAACAAAAUAAAUCCCACAUGACAGUAAUCUUCAACACUAACAAUGUUCCGGAAGACCUUCAACUUGUACGUGCAGAAUUAAGAAUUUUUCAAAAUUCGAAUUUGGCCCGUAAAUUCGAAUAUGAAAGAAACGUUACCGUUUCAGUUUUUCAUAGAUUGUUUAACAGGAAAUUGCAAAAGAUUGAUUUAAGACUUCUAAACAGCUUUACCACAACUACCAGCUAUAAUGGUUGGUUGGAGGCUAAUGUAACCAAGACGAUAGCUAAAUGGCUCCUAAAAGGUUUCACUCCAAAUGGACAUGAAUUAAUUAUUUCCACCCGACUAACAGGCAUGAGCAACGAAGUACUGGCUGAUAAUGAUGAAAAUAUAACUCCAAAAGAUAUUGGUCUAGUGGAUGAAUCUGGAAAUGAAGAAAAUCAACCAUUCAUUAUUGGAUAUUUUAACGGACCAGAACUUUUGAAUAAAAUCCAACAUUUACGUGUGAAGCGAGACAUUGGAAAAAAGAAGAUAUUUUCAUCAGAUUAUUCACCAGCGCAUCACACUGAAGGAGAAAGUUAUAAAAUUCCAAAGAAUUGUGAACGAAUGAAUUUUUCGAUUGAUUUUAAGGAUUUGCAAAUGCAAGAUUGGGUUAUUGCACCGAAGAAAUUUGAAGCGUAUUUUUGUGGCGGCGAUUGUAAUUUUCCAUUGGGCGCGAAAAUGAAUGCUACAAAUCAUGCUAUCGUACAGACGCUGAUGCAUUUGAAACAACCAAAUCUACCAAAACCGUGUUGUGUUCCAACGGUUUUGGGAUCGAUAUCAAUAUUGCAUUAUCUUAAUGAAGAUAGUGUUAAUUUGAGUAAAUAUCCAAAUAGUGUUGCAAAGAGUUGUGGAUGUCUUUGAUGAUUAGAAUUUAAAUUUUG